GCGCACAUCUGCACUUCAGCGAGGCGUGGUCAGAGCGACAGACAGGUGCGAAAGAAUAUACAGCUGCAGGAUAUCACCAGCCAUUUCUACACCUACCCCGUACCUACACAGCUGCAACAAGAUGCCUAAGUGUCCAAAGUGCGAGAAGGAAGUUUACUUCGCCGAGAAGGUAACAUCCCUGGGCAAGGACUGGCACAGGCCCUGUCUGAAAUGUGAGAAGUGCAGCAAGACGCUGACGCCAGGCUCACACGCAUCGCAUGAAGGCAAGCCAUACUGUCAUAACCCCUGCUACAGUGCGUUGUUUGGACCUAAAGGAUUUGGACGUGGUGGGGCUGAGAGCCACACAUUUAAAUAAACAGGUUCAACGUUGCCUGGAAGCUUGAUUGAAGAGGCCAGCAGUGCUCACUCGUCCAAUAAAAACCAGCAAACAUACUGUGUUCUCAUUCAGAAGAAACAUUUAGUUUGUCUGUUUUUAUUUCAUGUUUUUAAACUCUGGUUUCUAAAAAUGAUUGUCUAAUCCCAUGAUGUUGUAAUGAAGUGGUUAUCCUCAAACCCUUUCCUGUUCUUAAAGUGGACAUUUUGAUUAAACUCUUGUGUUUCUUUCUUGA